CAUAAUGAAGAAUAUGGUCUUCGGCUUGGAAGUCAGAUCUUCAUAAAAGAAAUGACCUGUACUGGCCUAGCAACCAAAGAUGGCAACCUUCAUGAAGGGGAUAUAAUUCUCAAGAUCAAUGGUACAGUGACAGAGAACAUGUCUUUAGCUGAUGCCCGAAAAUUGAUUGAGAAAUCACGGGGGAAGCUCCAGCUGGUUGUCCUCAGGGACAGAAAGCAGACACUGCUCAACAUUCCUUCACUGAACGACAGUGACUCAGAAAUGGAUGACAUUUCUGAAAUAGAGUCGAACAGAUCAGUCUCCCCUCAAGAUGACAGAUUACAUCAUUCUGAUCUAGAUUCACAUUCAUCCAAUGAAAAGCUGAAAGAGAAACCGAAUGCAAAAGAUGAUCCAUCUGGUAGGAUGCCCAGGAUGGGAGCAGUGCCUACACUGUUCAAAUCAACUGGUGACAUUGCUACUCCUGCUGUUACGGUUGCAGAAACAAACAAAGAACUGAAAUACCAAGAUGACCCAGCAGUGUCUCAACCAAAAGCAGUUACAAGAACGCUUCUUAAACCCAGCCCUGAAGAUGAAGCAAUAUAUGGUCCUAAUACAAAAAUGGUGAGAUUCAAGAAAGGGGACAGCGUGGGUUUACGACUGGCUGGUGGAAAUGAUGUAGGGAUAUUUAUUGCUGGAAUUCAAGAAGGCACUUCAGCUGAUCAGGAGGGACUGCAGGAAGGAGAUCAGAUUCUUAAGGUAAACACUCAAGACUUCAGAGGCAUUGUUCGGGAAGAUGCUGUUUUAUAUCUCUUGGAAAUUCCCAAAGGUGAAACAGUAACAAUUUUGGCUCAAAGCAAGUACGAAGUCUACAGAGACAUCAUGGCCUGUGGCAGAGGAGAUUCAUUCUUCAUCAGAAGCCACUUUGAGUGUGAAAAAGAGUCACCACAGAGCUUAGCAUUCACCAGAGGGGAGAUCUUUAGAGUGGUUGAUACACUGUAUGAUGGCAAACUGGGAAACUGGCUGGCUGUGAGAAUUGGAAAUGAACUGGAAAAGGGCCUCAUUCCAAAUAAGAGCAGAGCUGAGCAGAUGGCCAGUGUUCAAAAUGCCCAAAAAGAUGGCUCAAAUGAUAGGGCAGACUUCUGGAGAACGCGUGGCCAGCGAUCUGGAGUGAAGAAGAACCUGAGGAAGAGUCGUGAAGAUCUGACAGCUAUUGUAUCUGUGAGCACAAAAUUCCCAGCUUAUGAGCGAGUUCAGUUGCGUGAGGCUGGUUUUAAGAGACCUGUAGUGAUAUUUGGCCCUAUUGCAGAUGUUGCUAUGGAGAAGUUGUCAAACGAUUUGCCUCACCUGUACCAGACAGCAAAGACAGAACCCAGAGACGCAGGUUCAGAGAAGUCAACUGGGGUAGUGCGCUUGAACACUGUGAGGCAAAUCAUUGAGCAGGAUAAACAUGCUCUGUUGGAUGUGACUCCUAAAGCAGUGGACCUGCUAAAUUAUACCCAGUGGUUUCCAAUUGUGGUCUUCUUUAACCCAGACAGUAAGCAAGGUGUGAAAACCAUGAGACAAAGGCUAUGUUCCACGUCUAACAAAAGCUCGAGAAAACUUUAUGAGCAAGCAAACAAACUGAAGAAAACUUGCUCCCACCUCUUUACAGCCACCAUCAAUUUGAAUUCAGCCAAUGAUAGCUGGUAUGGUAGUCUGAAAGAUACAAUUCAGCAACAGCAAGGAGAAGCAGUAUGGGUAUCUGAAGGAAAGAUGGACAGCAUGGAAGAUGAUGCAGAUGAUCGUAUGUCUUACCUUACUGCAAUGGGUGCUGACUAUUUGAGUUGUGACAGUCGGCUGAUCAGUGACCUGGAGGAUACAGAUGGAGAAGGAGGUGCAUACACUGACAAUGAACUUGAUGAGCCCUUGGAUGAACCAAGGAUUUCAUCUGUUAGCCGGUCCUCUGAACCUGUGCAUCAUGAGGAGAGUUUAAAAAAAAAUAGUCCAGAACCAAGGGCUCAGUUGAGAAAAGCUGGGAGCAGGGAGAUCCUUAGAGAACCAAGUCCACCUCCAGCAUUCAAGCCGGAACCCCCUAAGGGAAAAUUACAAAACAAAGAGGAUCUAUAUGACAUCCCCAAGAACUAUGACUCCAAAUCAAGUAACGUUGCUGUCAGCAGUGAGACUUCAACUGUGCCAGCUAAGGCAGCACCACCACCUGUUUCCGUGAAACCUGCCUUUGGGCGUCCCAUCCUGAGAAACUCUCAGCCAGCAGUCCCACCUGCAGAGGAAGAGGAGGAGGCAAAGUUGGAAGAGGAAGGAAGCGAACAAGAAAAUACUCCGAAAUCUGUAUUGAGGAAAGUUAAAAUAUUUGAAGAGAUGGAUCAUAAGGCGAGGAUGCAAAGAAUGCAAGAGCUACAAGAGGCUCAGAAUGCCAGGCUUGAAAUAGCCCAGAAGCACCCAGAUAUUUAUGCUGUCCCUGUCAAAACACAGAAGUCAGAACAGAACUGGCCCCAGCCCAUGAGCUCCAGACCUCCAGAGCCCCAGAAGCCUCCUGUCAGACCUUACCUAGAGAACCGUGGCAGUUAUGGCAGUGAUGCAGAGGAGGAGGAGGAGUACCGUCGGCAGCUAUUGGACCAUUCUAAGAAGGGGUAUUAUGGACAGCCAUCCAGAUACAGAGACACAGAAUUGUAG